AUGUCUACCAGUACUGUGUCUUUUGGCGCUCUUUCGGCUGUGGGGCUCCAUUCAGGAGAAGUACAACUACUCCCAUCCCCUAUGUCAGUCUUGACGGCUCGCUGCCCUGCAGCAAUCCCAUACACACCUCACCAGGCCCCUGAGGCUGGCACAGCGUCAACAAUCAAUGGCUUCGAGCUCGAAACCAUCGAAGAGGAAGACCAAGAUCUCGCCUUGAUGCCAACUGCAACAGUACACACUCCUGCAUUAAGUCAAGCAUCCUUCCCCAGCGACUUGGAAGACGAAAUCGUAUCAUCUCCUGAGCUUCAACGCUACUUUGAGGCAAUGGCAACCAGAAUUGAGCAACUUGUGGAAGAGAAUGAGCUGCUAGCCGAAGAACUGAGAAGGAUCGAGAAGAAAAGAAAGGAGAAGAAGGACAAGAAGCAGAGAAAGAGCAAGGAAGAAGAAGCAAGACAUCAGACUGAUGUCAUGAGAGACCUGUUGAGAGCUGUGACGGCAGUGAUGACGCCAAUGCCAGAAGGCUCACCAGGAAGAUUUGUGCUCAUGGCUAUCGAGGCUUUCUUCUUGAGGGAGAGGAUGAAUGUCUCUUGA